UUCUAUCUGGCGCCGCUACUGACUAGCUUCUAGAUUCCGGGGGAAGCAGUUGAUACCUUCGGGACUCAGUUUCUCCUUUGUCAGGCUUCUGAAUUAAAGAGAUUUGGUGAGAUGAUUAAUUGAGAUGAAAGGGAGGUCUCAAGUCUAAAGAGCCAAGUUCUGCCCUGAUGGCAGAUUCUUCUAUAGUGAUUACCUUCCAUGAAAUGCAAAAAAGGGCACACAGCAUGGCCGAAAACCGAGAGCCCCGCGGGGUCGCCGAGGCUGAGCUGGACCCGGUGGAGUAUACCCUUCGGAAGCGGCUCCCCCACCGCCUGCCCCGGAGACCCAAUGACAUUUAUGUCAACAUGAAGACUGACUUUAAAGCCCAGCUGGCCCGCUGCCAAAAGCUUCUGGACGGAGGGACUCGGGGUCAGAACUCAUGCAGUGAGAUCUAUAUUCAUGGCUUGGGCCUGGCCAUCAACCGUGCCAUCAACAUUGCUCUACAGCUUCAGGCGGGCAGCUUCGGCUCCUUGCAGGUGGCUGCCAAUACCUCCACCGUGGAGCUUGUCGAUGAGCUGGAACCAGAGACUGAUACACGAGAGCCGCUGACCCGAAUCCGCAACAACUCGGCCAUCCACAUCCGUGUUUUCAGGGUUACACCCAAGUAAUCCAAAUGAGGAUGGCCACGUUGUCCACCUACCCUUACGUAGCUAGGCUCAAAUGUGGCUCUCCUUGUACUGAGUAUGGCCAAGGACCUCCUACCAGAGCCACGUAGGAGAAAACCUGCCCCCUUACAGCCUAGAGGACUCUGAACUGAGGGGGAAAGUACUGUCUCUUGUUGGGCCCAGGCCGUGGGUCUUCCCGAGUCUUUGCGGUCUGUAAGCUUUGUCAUCGACAAUAAAAUACUAAGUUGUGUUAGUAUGCAGCUACCCUGCUGUGGCUGUCUCUCCCCUGUGUAAAUUCUGUGUGUCCCUGGAAAGGGAGAGGAGAAAACUUUACAAGUAUUUAGGUACAGGAGGGAGCCCCAAGUGUUUCCUGCCUUUACAGAGAGCGUAGUCCACAGACGUUCGCGGAAGGUAUAAGAAAAUAAACUACAGCGCAAUGCAAAAACCUGA